UUGCUCUCCACGUUUCGUUGUCGGUUUCAUGUUUCAUCUUUUCGUUCGGACAAAAACACUUUAGACUGGGUUGCUCCGGCUGCCCUAAGGAAGAGCGGAACAGAAAAGGCGAAGUGUGAUCCCGAUGCAUUCAGCAGUAGCGGCAGCAGCAGCGGUGGCGACGGUGGUAAGUACCACUUUGUUUGGAGCUUCUACAAGAGAAAAGGUCGGAAGACCCAAAAAAUUCAAGUGUUUGUCCUGCCCAAAAUCCUUUUCCUCCGCUUCUCACUUGAAAUCCCACGUCAGUCUGCUUCAUAUGGUUUUGCAUAUGCCGAACUGAGCCUCAUCCAGCCCAUUGGGAUCUGGUUCUCCAGCGACCAGAUUUACAUUCCAAUCGCCUCACCCGGACUCCUUUUCACUCUGAUUUUAGGGCAAAAGUUCCGCUGCCAAGAGUGUGAUAAGCAGUACGUCUCUGAAGAGCUGCUUGAAAUUCAUAUGGAUUGGGAUCACCGAGGCUUGAGGUUUAACAAAUGUCCGGAAUGCGACAUGCCUUUUCGCCAGGAGUCGCAGUUGCGUGACCACAUGCGUGUUCAACACCAAAAUCGGGACACCAAUUCCAUUGGAGAAUCUAAGUCCAAGGAACCGAUUGCUCAGCCAGCACCCCAGCAUCAUGAAGCUACCUGCGAUCUUGACAUCUAA